CCAAUCUGCGUGUAGUACAGAACAGCUCGAGCAGCGUUCGCAAACUUCCCAGGACCUGCCAGACGCUGAAUAGUGUGUCAGACAGUUCGGACGAGUCUAGUUGGAGCGAUGGCGGUGCCGUACGGGUUGUUUUGAGGGAAGUUGCUGAAACGUUUGAUAUCUUUCGGAUCCGAGCGAAUCAUUUCAGCGCAACAAAACGUUCCAUUGUUUGUUACACGACAAUACAUUAGCAGAAUGUAUGCUCCAAAUGUUCAAGUGUCAGUGCAGUCAAUGGGCUGACCUAACGUUAGCUAGCUACUAUAGUAGUACAGCGAAUGGGUUAGCUAUCCAGCUAAAGGUUUUGGAGAGCGAUUCAACUAACGUUAGCUAAACUUGCCAGCUAAAAGCUAACUGAAACGUAGCUUGGCAAUAGCAUAGUUACCAACAAUAAUAUAGCUAAUCCUGAUGUUGGUGUGUGUUUCUGGUGUUUAACCCAAGUUUAUUUCGAUAAUGUGACUGCAGGUACUGUUUUGGCACUUGAUAAACGUCAGCCUGAAAAUUCAGGAGCUAACGUUUGCACGUUCAGCUAUGCCCUUUUUUGCUAGCUACUAAAUUAGGUAGUUGCUAACGUUAGCACAUUUAGCUAUGCACCUUUUGCUAGCUAUUAAGUUAAGUAGAUGUAAUGGGCUUAUUUUUCACUCUGUCCGAGUUGGGACUGGGUAAACUUUCAUGUACACUUUCUGAUAAGUAGCUCGUUAGCUACAUAAAUAUGCAUUGUUUUUUCCAACUAGCGUAACUUUAUCAAAAGUUGACCCACAAAGAAACUCCCUGUGGCAACGCGGAGAGAUGAAAGUAGCAAACGCGUUUUACCAGGACUUUGGAAUACCAUGCUGGAACCGUCUUGCCCAUUUGUGAUAUCGUUCUGAACGAUUCACGAGCAUUCCAGUUAGAGGUCCUUUGAUCGUUUGCUUUUUCGUCAACAGUUUGCACCCUAUAUGGUACGGCUACAGCCACCGAGAAAUGGAUGUUUCCAAGGGCGGUUUCCCAAACGGUGAGGGGCAACCGAAAGACACGGGAGAGCAUGCCUGGACAGAUUCCCCCACUGCAAGAGCUUGGGCUCAUUCCGCUCCCCUGUCCCGAUCGCUGUGGACGGCAGUGUUUGACUAUGGAAGUACUGGAGAAGACGAACUUAGUCUGCGGCGGGGGGACGUUGUUGAGGUCCUCUCGAAGGAUGCUGCCAUCUCGGGAGAUGAAGGAUGGUGGACGGGUAAAAUUAACCAUCGAGUCGGGAUUUUCCCUGCAAAUUAUGUUACCUAUCAACCUGCCAUUUACAGACUUCCAGGCGGUAGCACGGUAGGGGUGAGGGAGCGUCCGAGUACUCCCAUCCAAAUAGAUUUUAGCGAACUCGUUUUAGAGGAAAUAAUCGGUGUCGGGGGAUUUGGUAAAGUUUACCGAGGGACAUGGAAAGACCAAGAGGUCGCUGUGAAGGCAGCGCGACAGGAUCCUGACGAAGACAUCACUGCAACUUCGGAUGGUGUUAAGCAAGAGGCCAAGCUCUUCUCUAUGCUACAACAUCCCAAUAUAAUAAAACUUGAAGGUGUUUGUCUUGAGGAGCCAAACCUGUGCUUGGUGAUGGAAUAUGCUCGUGGAGGGACUCUUACCCGGGCUUUGACUGGUCGGAGGAUACCCCCACACAUUCUUGUCAACUGGGCUGUUCAAAUCGCCAGGGGCAUGCACUACCUACACGAGGAGGCUGUUGUGCCUAUUAUUCACCGGGACCUGAAAUCCUGCAACAUUUUAUUACUUGAAAAAAUUGCGAACGAUGACAUUGGAAGGAAGACCUUGAAGAUCACAGACUUUGGCCUGGCCAGAGAGUGGCACAACACCACCAAGAUGAGUGCUGCUGGCACGUACUCAUGGAUGGCCCCUGAAGUCAUCAAGUCCUCUCUCUUCUCCAAAGGCAGCGAUGUCUGGAGUUAUGGUGUUCUUUUAUGGGAGCUGCUGACAGGAGAGGUGCCUUACCGUGGGAUUGAUGGGCUGGCUGUGGCCUAUGGUGUGGCUGUCAACAAGUUAACCCUCCCUAUUCCAUCCACCUGCCCAGAACCCUUCUCCAAGCUCAUGGAAGAGUGCUGGGAGCGACCCCACAUCCGGCCGUCGUUUGCCUCCAUCCUGGAGCAGCUAACAGCCAUAGAGGAAGCAGUGAUGGCCACCAUGCCCCAGGACUCCUUCCACUCCAUGCAGGAGAACUGGAGGGUGGAGAUCCAGGAGAUGUUUGAUGAGCUCAGAACAAAAGAGAAGGAGCUGCGUUCGCGGGAGGAGGAGCUGACGCAUGCGGCGCUGCAGCAGAAGUCCCACGAGGAGCUGCUGAAGAGGAGGGAGCAGCAGCUGGCGGAGCGGGAGAUCAAUGUGCUGGAGAGGGAACUCAACAUCCUCAUCUUUCAGCUCAACAAGGACAAGCCCAACGUCAAGAAGAGGAAGGGCAAGUUCAAACGCAGCCGCCUCAAACUCAAGGAUGGCAACCGCAUCAGCCUGCCCUCAGAUUUCCAGCACAAGAUCACGGUGCAGGCGUCACCCUCCAUGGACAGUAGGAGUCUGAACACCAGCCCCCCCAGCAGCCCCACACUCAUACCCCGCCUCCGGGCCAUCCAGUUGUGCGCCCGAAUUGACAGUAUCCGAAGGGACAGUAUGUAUGUGUAUCACCAAGAUGUGGAUAUCACCAGCGAGUGCCAGCCCUAUACUGGGGUUAGGAAGAAAGUGACUCUGGAUGAGAGCAACAGGACAUGGGGACGAAGCACCAUCUACAAGCCGGAGGAGUUUGAUGACGUCAAGAAGGGGAUUAAGAAGAAGGGGCGAACGUGGGGACCGAGCUCCGUUCAGACCAAGGAGCGGGGAAACUGUGCUGAAAGACUGAGGCCACUGUCUGAUGGAAACAACCCCUGGUCCACCAGUCUGGGGAAGUCCCAGAAGUCCGUUCCGUUGGCUGCGUUGUUUGCAGAGCAGCAAGGGACCAGUAAAGAAGAGAUGUGCUCGCCAGAUGGAUCGGACAACACCAAAGCAAAGCAACUGAAGUUCCCCAAUCAGGUGUACAUCGAUCUCCCUCUGUGGAAAGAUGAGAAGCAGCAGGGGGGCGAGGGGACGGCAGGAAGCUGCCCUGGGGAAAGCCUGGAGGACUCCAGUACCACUUCAGCCAGUUCCACCAGCACCACCCCCCAGCACACCCCCACCAACAGCCUGAAGAGAACCUCCGCUCGUCGCCGGACAGACACCGUACUCUACGGCUGUGCCUCUAUGCUGGCCUCGGUAGCAUUGGGCUUUGACCUGCGUAACGUGCUCAAUGCCCCACCGGCAGAUGACCCUGAGCCUCAGCCCAGUAUGGAGAAGAAAAAGAAAGAGGGUCUGUUCCAGCGCGCCACACGCUUCCCUGGUGGACGUUCUUCUCAUAAGGAGGAGGCAGCCUCCCAAGUCCCCAUCAACCUCAUCUCCAUGUCUUCCAUCUCAGAGUAUAACUCCACCAAGAGCCUCCUGCGGUCAGCCUCGGAGGGGCCAGAGCCCAGCCCUGUGAAGGAAGUGGCCCCUAUCAGCCUGUCGCACCCCACGCCACAGCCCAGAAGUGGCUCCCAGCCCCAGGUUCCAGAGGCGCCCGGCCGCAGGACUCCGGCCUCCCCCCUCUCCCAGCCUGCUGCCCCAGAGAAGACUCACAGUCAAAGCAUGGGCUCUCACCUCCGGAGGAAGAAGUCGGCCAACGUUCAGGACACUAACGGUACAUCUGGCUCUCUCACAACUUCAUCGGGACUGUCUUCCACCACAACCUCUCAGAAGAAGAAGUCUGACAGGGAGGACACCCCUAAGAGAGCAGCCCGUGGGGAGACUGUCACCUCCAGGUCCCGGCCUUUGUCCCUCCGGGGCAAACCCCACUCCUGGGGUCUCCUGAGGGGCCGCAACAAAAGCUACUCCCUGGGCCACUAUUCUGGAGAGAAGAGCGCCAGGAGCCUCAACAUCGUCCUCUCCUCCGCCGAGGUCAAGAUGGACUGCUCUCUGCUGGAUAUGGACAUGGAGGGGCAGAAACGUGACUGCACCGUGCCCCUCUGCCGAAUUCAGAGCGGCCCCAGUCGCCCCUCCGUCUUCGAACUAGAGAAAAAAUUAUUGUCAUAGCAGAAAUAAGCUGCCUUAUUACCAGGAUCCAAUCUCUAAGUAACGUUUAUGAGUUGGAUCUUAUUUGACAUCCCAGGGCAUUCCACUGCCCUCCUGUGGUUUUUACCUGAAUAUAGGCCACUGCUGCUGAACAGUUUAUUUAUUCUGUAAUAUUUUUAUAGGUAAUUUAAUAUUGGAAAAAUGUGUUUCAAUAGCAUCAGGUUGAUUGAACAACGAAGGAACACAUUUAAUUUUUUGUUGUUGCAGAAAUGUUUACAUUUUUGUGCGCACAUACUGGUUAGGACCAUGGCAUCUUAAGUUACAAAAUGAUGUUUACGUUAAAAUGUUAAUUUGCUUGUGUCUGUGGAUCUUUUAUUCUCUGUUUUGACUUAAUGCUGGUAAUUAUUUUGUAUUGUAUUGAUUUUGUUUUUAUAUUGACAGAUACAACAGUGUUUCUUUUAGGAUGAGUUCUGUCCAAUGUCUGAGAGGUAAUAUUGAAGUCAACAUGUGGCGCAACUGACAGAUUUACAAAUGUAGGAUCUUAAUUUGAGCCAGUUUGCUACAGCAGGAAAAUAAUCCUGCAGCAGGACAGUUCUUCUGCAACAGGGUGAUCAAAUUAAGAUCCUACAUCUGUAACAGUGCAUCAAACAACACUGGAAAACCUAGUCUCAACUAGAGGUCGACCGAUUAUGAUUUUUCAAUACCGAAACCGAUUAUUGGAGGACCAAAAAAGCCGAUACCGAUUAAUCGGCCGAUUGUUUUAUUUUAUUUGUAAUAAUGACAAUUACAACAAUACUGAAUGAACACUUAUUUUAACUUAAUAUAAUACAUCAUUAAAAUAUAUUUAGCCUCAAGUAAAUAAUAAAACAUGUUCAAUUUGGUUUAAAUAAUGCAAAAACAAAGUGUUGGAGAAGAAAGUAAAAGUGCAAUAUGUGCUAUGUAAGAAAGCUAACGUUUAAGUUCCUUGCUCAGAAUAUGAGAACAUAUGAAAACUGGUGGUUCCUUUUAACAUGAGUCCCCAGGUAAGACAUUUUAGGUUGUAGUUAUUAUAGGAAUCAUAGAACUAUUUCCCUCUAUACCAUUUGCAUUUCAUUAACCUUUGACUAUUUGAUGUUCUUAUAGGCACUUUAGUAUUGCCAGUGAAACAGUAUAGCUUCCGUCCCUCUAGUUAGCGUGCGCUAACAAGCUAGCCAUUUCACUUCGGUUACACCAGCCUCAUCUCGGGAGUUGAUAGGCUUGAAGUCAUAAACAGCGCAAUGCUUGACGCACAACGAAGAGCUGCUGGCAAAACGCAUGAAAGUGCUGUUUGAAUGAAUGUUUACGCGCCUGCUUCUGCCUACCACCGCUCAGUCAGAUGCUUGUAUGCUCAGUCUCAUCAACCAUGAGUAGGUAACUAGUGAUUAUGAUUGAUUGUUUUUUAUAAGAUAAGUUUAAUGCUAGCUAGCAAUUUACCUUGGUUUACUGCAUUUGUCUAGCAGGCAGUCUCCUUGUGGAGUGCAAGGAGAGAGAGGCAGGUUGUUAUUGCGUUGGACUAGUUAACUGUAAGGUUGCAAGAUUGAAUCCCCCGAGCUGACAAGGUGAAAAUCUGUCGUUCUGCCUCUGAACAACGCAGUUAACCCACCGUUCUAGGCCGUCAUUGAAAAUAAGAAUGUGUUCUUAACUGACUUGCCUAGUUAAAUAAAGAUAUACAUAUUUAUUUUUAUCGGCAAAUCGGGGCUCAAAAAUACCAAUUUCCGAUUGUUAUGAAAACCCGAAAUCGGCCCUAAUUAAUCGGCCAUUCCGAUUAAUCGGUCGACCUCUCGUCUCAACACUAAACCAGGUCAGCUUUUACUUUACCACUAUACGACAAGCCUUACCAGCAGCUGGACCAGUACCAGUACUGUACAUAAAGACUAUUCUGCAUUAAUAGCUGCUAUGGUUUAUGUGGAAUAUGACCAUUUGGCUCGAAAUCAGUUCACAUGUGGGUUAGUCUACCUAGGUUCCUGUGAAAACACUAUUUUGAAGAACAAAGAGAUGGGAAUUAAAUAUAUUUCAAUACUUGUUUGAGUAACAGUUAAAAGCUGUAUUCCUUAGCAAUCAUUUUCAUAUUAACAUAAAAAGCUGACAGGAACUGUCUCUGAUGCCACUAGACUACACAAAUUUGUAUCAUCUGAAUAUUCUGUCCCCAUUUAAGUACCAUGCAAGUCAUUAGUACCGAGCAACAAGUAAAACUGUCCAUAAAUAUCCAAUGUAUUGUUGUUCGUCCCCGUUUACAAAGAAUACUGAAUGUUAAAUCUCUGUUUUUGUAGUUCUGUUUAAAUCGUGAGCACUUUCUCUUUAUUUAAAUCGACAUUCCUAACAGUACAUCCCAGACAGCUGUUGAAGUCAGUACAACUGGAAGAAUACCUUUUUUUAACACUGCCUUUGAGAUCAAAUCUCAUCACUGUCUAAGCUGGAGUCCUUGCUAUAUCCUGACAUGUUAAGCAUUCCAUUAAUAGAACGACAACUGAAGUUUUUUUGUUGCCUUAUCUUCCUUUUUAUUAGCAUUGGGUUUGCUCUGUGUGUGAGGAAACUGGUUCAAGUGAUUGAGACGACAACAUACAGUACAUACUGAUCAAACCUGUUUAUCAGUGUUUUUGUUCGCACCACAGAAUCAGAGUUGUUUAUCUUCAUGUAUCCCCAUGUUAACAAAUACGUCAGUUGACCUCAACCUUCUUACUUUUAUACUCGCAGCAUACUUAAACCACUUCAAGAAUGGCCGUCUGAUUAGAAUGAUAGGUCUUUGAACCAGUGUGAAUCCUCAAACCCUCCAUGUUCUUUCUGGAAAUGCAAAUCAACUCAAGAUCAUACCAAACAAAUGUGAAUCCAUACCCUCUUUACCUUGUGUAGUGUCAAUACCUGGAAAUCAAGACCAAAAUGCCUAUUUUUGUUGUCUUAGUAUCUUGGAAUGAAAAUGGUCUGCAAUGCAGUAAUUAUAAUGAAAUAGUAUUCUCUGAAAUA